UUAAUUAAAAUUUGAUGUUGAAUUUGCAGUUAAGCAUAAUUGUGUUAAGCAUAAUGUUAAGCAUAAUGUACUCUUGCAUCAGCAUUGACAGUAGCAUAUUUUGUGCAUUAUUAUUUUCUGCUUUUUGUCUGUACAUUUGACAGCUUUUUUUAAUGCCACCUCAAAAAUUGUUCCUAAAAUUAUAAUCCUUAAGCCAGUUUUUGACUUCCUUAUUUCUUGUUUCUGGUCUUCAGAGAAUGGCCAAAAUGGCCAUGUCAGUGGUUUGCCAAGGGGAGAGCAGUUACAGAAUCGCGCUGUGGCAAGAGAGGGUGGUCAAAUGCAAGGUGAUGAUAAUCCAGUCCCCCCAGUUCGUUACAAAUACGACCUCUUUCUGGUGCAUAGUAGUGAAGAUGAGGAGGAGGUUCUCGAGUUAGCAGAACGCCUGGAAGAAGAACAUGGCAUAAAAUGCUGCUAUGCUGACAGAGAUUUUCAACUUGGGAAGCGUGUCAUGAACAAUGUGGAAGAUCUUUUCAAGGAGUGUAGACACAUAGCACUUUGUUUGACUAGAAAUUAUUUGGCUAGUAGUUGGUGCCAGCAUGAGCAGAGCAUGGCACUGGGUAAAGCCACAGAGAAUGGCGGUCAGGGGAUGAUCCCGCUGCUCUUCAGUGGCUUUCCCGAGUCUGAUGUUCCACCAACCCUGAGAGCUUACUCGUACUUCAAACUGACUUCUGAUCCACAGUCUUUAGCACAGCUUGCCAGACAUAUUAAAGGUAAUAACAAAGAAAAAAGUGUCUGCUUCGGAGGGAAUUUAUAG